AUGGUGGCCACCUCGGUGAGCCCGAAGCGGAUUAGCCCGGUGAAGGGCGACGAAAUCGAGCAGUUGGCCCCCUUGAAGCCUCCGCAGGUCCCCGUGCUUCCACCAGAGAUUGCUUCUCACCCACUCAUCGAGUCGCCACCUCGCAAGGAUUUCCUGCCAACUGCCGCCUAUUCGAAUGGCUAUGAACAGCAGCCGGAAAUUUCGCUGCCAGUUAGAGAGCCUUCUCCGGAAGAGGAAUCCGAUGCCGACUCUGAAAUGUUGGUGCGAGAUGAGCCACAACGACGAGUACAUGAUCUCGUGCGACAAGUGCGACGUGUGGCAGCACAUGAAAUGUGUCGGCAUCCCCACCGCCAAGCCCCGAAGAACUACCUGUGCGAGCAGUGCAACCCGCGCAAGAUGAAGCUCACCAAGGGACAGGCCAAAGACUACCAGCAGAAGAAGCUCGCCGAGCUGACGAAGGAGAAGCAGCGGAAGAAGGACCGUCGUGAGAAACGCCGGGCGAGAAGC